CACCCCCGCCCCGGGAUUGCGGCGCAGGCGCGAAGCAAACUUGCUUUGCUCUGCUCCAGCUCUGACAGCUUCUGCUGGCUCCGGAGACCCAGACCCAGAGGGAUCCAUGAUGAGCUGCAGUCGCUCCUGUAUCUGUGGCCACAGCACCAACGUGGAGGAAAGUACGUGGUAUGGGGUCGAUCCCUACCCUAAUCUCUUCUACAGUGAGUGCGUGGGUAGCAAUCUCAGUGAUAACCCAGAAGGACCCCUGGUCCAAUAUACCUACCAACCGUGGCCCUCCCUGUGCUGGAAGGUCACCGUGUCCGUGGCAUCCCUGCUUCUCCUGCUGGGCGUGGCAGCCCUGACCACUGGCUACGCGGUACCCCCCAAGCUGGAGCUUGUCAACGACAGUAAGUUCUCAUCGAUGGAUGAUCCAGUAGCCGACUAUAACCAAGCCCUGAUCACCUGCCGCGUGGCGGGAGCGACGCUGUGUGCGGUAGCGGGGGUCUUGCUGGCUGUCUGUCUCUUCUUGGCCACCUCUGGCUGGCUGACCCAGGACAUCAAGGCGGAGCCCUUGGUCACCGAAGCUGACAGCCCUGUGGAAGUCUUCAGGGAUGAGCCCGAGCAGCUGUCCCCCGGCUUCCAGGAUGCCAGCAGCCAGUCCUGGUUCUUGACUCCCACGAGUCCCUUCGGGCCGCGUUCUGUGCAGACCAGCCAGCCCCAGCGGGAUUCCUAAGUCUGUAGGCUAGAGUUCCACACUCUAGUUAGACACUCCCCCCGGUACUCCCCGCUCUCAUCGCGCUUCUUCCUCUCGGUAGUGCCAAUUUCUCCAGAGCCCUCCUAGCUCCCUAAAGCGCCCCAGUAAGCCUCAUGCUCCGAUCUCACUCCUGCUCAGUACAGGGGCAAACUCAAUCGAGAACUGCCCUUCCAGGCUGGAGAAAUGGCCACGUGAGUGAAGGGCCUUCCUGGCCAGACUGACAACCUGAGUUCCAUCUCUGGAACCUAGAAGGUUUCGGAAGAGACCCAGCUCCCUCCAGUUGUCCUCUGACACCCCCCCCCACACACACACACACACCGACACCACCACACACAACACUCACACGCACAAAGAAAGGUAAUGAAAAAUAAAAAGUCUAGGGAUUAGGAAAAGUGGGAUGUCUUUGUCCCCUCAAAGUCCACUCCCUAGACAGCAAUGCCCUCUGGGCCUGAUUCUGACGUCUGGAGGCCCCAGCCCCUUCUUCCUAUGGGCUGCCCGGCCAGGAGGACUUCCUCUUGUAGGACACUAGAGGGCGCUCCAGGACAGCGGAGGAUCCUGCGUCUGGCCGCCCCCUGCUGGCCUUUAGGGCUUCCUGGGUGGCGGGAAGAGGGUUCCAGCAAAUCCCCACCACCUUUGUGCCCCGCAGGGUGUACUCUCCGUUUCUCGCCUCCUCCAUCUUGCCUCGCCUUUCAAUAAACAGUUGGGAUGAACA